AUGGGACAAAUAAAUACUGAAAAUUUGUUAAGACAACUGCCCUUAAUUAAUUCCAAAGGAGUAGGCUUCCCACAAGAAUCAGUUGUAUCUAAAUUAAAUGAAGGUCAAACACAAACACAAGGACAAAUUCAAACGUUGAAUUUAAAUCGAUCAGUGAAUACAAAGGAAAUGUUUGAACCAUGGUAUAAAGAGUGUGAUGAAUUAAAAAAUAGAUUGGAAAAGGAUAUACGAGAGGGUGAAACUUUCCAUGAUUGGUAUAAGGAGAAAUAUUUGAAUAAGAUCCCACCUGGUUUACUUGAUGGACAAAUGAAUGUAUUAAGUCCGAGCAAGAAGUAA